CUUUAUCAGGUAUUCUUCUCUCUUGUUUGUUUAUACAGUACAUUAAGUAAGUACUCUAUUCUCUACGGAAUCCAGUUCUUUGUUGAACCAGGGCAGAAUAAUACCUUUCCUUGCAGAAAAGGUACAAUUUCUCCCCUUCACCUUAAAUCCACCACUGUAAACUGAUGAUCAAAUAUUUCAGUUGCCACAAAGAAAAAGGAGGGAAAGCAUGGCCAUUUUUCCGCGGCUUCUUUUCUGUUUAAUUGUUUUCUGCAAAAUACUGGCAGAAGGAGGCUUCUUCUCAUACGGGCUGGCAUGCAACUGGGGAUUGCAAUCAACUCACCCAUUGCCCCCAAAAAUAGUGGUCAAGCUGCUGAAAGAGAAUGGUUUCGACAAGGUAAAGCUGUUUGAGCCUGAGCCCGGUCCAUUGAAGGCCCUUGGAAAUUCUGGCAUCCAAGUGAUGGUUGGGAUACCAAACGAUUUCUUAGCCCCUCUUGCAAGCAGCGUUAACUUUGCUAUCGAAUGGGUGACCCAAAACAUAUCCUCCUACGUAUCCAAGUAUGGGGUGGACAUAAGGUACGUGGGUGUUGGAAACGAACCAUUCCUGAGGACGUACAAAGGCGAAUUCCUACAAACAACACUUCCGGCUCUCGAAAACAUUCAAGCCGCUCUCAUCAAAGCUGGCCUCAGCCAGCAAGUCAAGAUCACCGUCCCUCUCAACGCGGACGUCUACCAAACCGAAAGCAACCUCCCAUCCGGCGGCGACUUCCGCCCCGACAUCCGCGAUCUGAUGAUCAACAUCAUCAGUUUCCUCAGCACAAACGGCGCCCCAUUAACAAUCAACAUCUACCCUUUCCUCAGUCUCUACGCGGACCCCCACUUUCCCGUCGAUUACGCCUUCUUCUCCGGCGGCAACUCCGCCCCUGUCGUUGAUGGCUCGGUUACGUAUACAAAUGUGUUUGAAGCCAAUUUUGACACUCUCAUUUGGGCUCUCGAGAAAAAUGGAUUCUCGUCGAUGCCCGUCAUCGUGGGUGAAGUCGGUUGGCCAACCGACGGCGAUAUCAACGCCAACAAAGAGAAUGCCAGGAGGUUCAAUCAAGGGCUAUUGGAGCAUAUUGCGAACGGGCAGGGCACCCCGAAACGCCCAUCGCCUUCGGACAUCUAUCUAUUCAGCCUCCUGGACGAAGAUGUGAAGAGCAUUGAGCCUGGCAACUUUGAACGCCAUUGGGGGAUCUUCAAUUUCGACGGCACCAUCAAAUACCACCUUAAUUUUGCACGGAAGGGAGAACUUGUUGCAGCCAAAGGCGUCAAGUAUUUGGAGCAGCAAUGGUGCGUGUUGGCACCGGGGGCUAGUGUUGAAGAUGCAAACCUUCCCGGAAGUCUGGCCACUGCGUGCAGUCAUGCCGAUUGCACGAGCCUCGGAUACGGAUCGAGCUGCGGAGGAUUGAACGCACGCGACAAUGCCUCCUACGCGUUCAACAUGUACUAUCAAACGGCGGAUCAAAGAACGGGUACUUGCGAGUUCUCGAAUCUCGCGGCGAUCACGAAAGUGGAUCCGUCCCACGGUAGCUGCAGAUUUGAGAUCAUGAUCGACAUGACGAUGCGCCAACCUUCUUCUGAGGGGGUGCCAAAAUCAGGGACUUGGACCACUUGGUCUGGAGAUGCCGGAAGGUUGGUUGAGUUCUCCAAUCAGUGGGUCUCUAUUUUUCUUGUAAUGUUAUUUUUGCCCUAUUUUGUUUGUUUAUUUUAAAUUAUUUUAAAGUUACAUAUGUUCUUUUAUUUUCUAAUUUAGAAAAUAUUAAAGAAAAGGAAAGAAAAGUGGGCGAGACAAAAAGUGACCGAACG